AUGUACACUCCCACUUCAGUAGCCCCAUUGGACUCGUCGGGCACUACCAGUUUACCAACACCACUAACAGCAUUAGAGAGUCCAUCCUCACCAUCAGUAGCAGCAGGUGUGACUGUUACCUACACUCAGGAGAGAACCCAGAGCCAGAAACGCAUGCGUUCCUCCACGGGGCCAGUCGCCUCCAGCGAUGGCCAUUCAAACAGCAGUAUCACCAUGCCCGUCGACCCGACGCCGGCUAAAUCGAUAUCCUCCAACCUGGUCACCGCGGACACUCUCCCCGAGGACUUCUCCAUCAGUCGAGACUUAAACUUCCUGGGCAAUGGCACGUCGACCUCCACCGCGACUUCAACUUCCACGUCCACCACGUCAAACUCAACCCCGCUGUCCUUCGAGCUGGACCAGAUCGACCACGAGGACGCGGGGAUUCCCAUCAACAACUCUCCCGCCAGCGGCUCGUCCUGGAUGCGGGCCUCGAUGCGCAGGCUUCGGCACCUCCGUCUUCCCCAAGGAUCCACCAGACAGAGGACUCACCGACCUUUGACCGUCGACGCCAUCGAGUCCUCUUCAUUCACCACCACUUCAACCUCUUCCUCGGCUUCCUCCUCUUCAGCUUCGUCAUCCAGGCCCAUUUCCGCGCCAAAUUCCCUCCCGGACAUCGCGCUGAUUGCUCCGGAAAUUCUGGCUGCUCACACCAACUCAAAUCCCGGAAACUCAAACUCCAAUUUGAGACCCUCCAGUGCUCCAGUCGCCAGAAGACAACGGCCAAGUUGCGAUAGACAAAGAGAUGGAUCGCGAAGAACUGGAGGAGGAGGAGGAGGAAAUGAAGAUGAAGAAAGCGACGAAAAUCCAUUGGGAAAAUGGCCACAUGCACUUAGUCCAGCAUUGGCUUGUCUCGGUUGUACCCUUGGAUUGUUCAACAUUAGCCGAUUUUCAAUCCUCAGUGUUCAAUUUGGAGCGAAUUUCAUCGUUCAAUUCUUAGUACUGUCAUUAGUACUGGGAAUUCCCCUGCUAACGUUACAAGUGUGCCUUGGCCAACGUCUGGCUGCUGGAGCAGUCGACAUGUGGAAGAUAUCUCCAGUUUUUCACGGAGUUGGCAUUGCUUUAUUAGUAGCGCAUGCCCUUAUCGGUAUUUACAGUAUUAUAGGAGUUUCUUGGAUGUUUGUAUACUUCAGGGACUCUUUUAUCACCAAACAAGAUAGAUAUCGAUGGGCAGAGCCGUUUUUUCUCUACCGCGAAGACGCGAAGCCGAUGAAUUUGACAGUUUCGUACAAACUUCACGAGACAGUGCCUGAUUACUUCAGUGGGGUUGUCUUACAGCGGCAUCAUUUAAAUGAACCCAGUCCUGGAAUUGUUACGCUCAAGUUCCAAGUUGCAUUCAAUCUUGCGGUUGUUUGGAUGAUUGUAUUUGUUUCUUUAAGUAAAGGACUAAGAUCGUACGGAAAAGUUGUAUAUGUAUUUACAUUGGUACCAGUCUUCGGUACACUGAUACUUUGCACAAAAUUACUCGGUCUUACACCUCCGGGUACGAUUAAUCAGCUGUUUCCAGCCACUGUUUGGAGCGAAUUUUUUAUAAACAGCAAAUCUUGGGUCGCAGCUUCUUCUGAAGUUUUUCUAACAUGGGGAGUAUUAGGCGCUGCUGCUAUGCAGAUAGCAGCGCACAAUAAAUACAAGAAUCUUCUUCAAAGAGAUACCAGCCUAGUAAUUGUGUUAACGAUUGUUGUGCUACUUUUGUCAGCAUUUCUAGCUAAUACCUGUGUGCAAAUCUUGAGAUACCACGGGUAUACGUACACGACUAGUUCUUUUGAGAAAAUAUCCAGCUACGUAUUUAUGCGGCCAAUUAAUCAAGCACCGCCUCCAGGUUAUGGUAAUACACCUGAAAGGUUCAUGUCCCACGCGUCAUUUCUUCUUGGACAGCGGACAAUAAAACCAGGCGCUGAUCUUACUGCUGAAUCUGGGUAUCAGAGUCUUAGGUUGUCUACAGAAUUAGUACCUGCGACCCUAGCUCUUCUUGGGGCUGAACAAGUCUCUCCUUUUUGGGCUGUUUUAUUUUAUUUUAUUCUUAUUCUUUUUGGAAUUGCACAACAGCUAUGGGAAACAACAAUAACAUUCUUCAGUUGUGCUUGCGCUUACAUUCUCGGUCUACCAAUGGCGACAGAGUUAGGUAUCUACGUAGUGUAUUAUUUAGACUACACAAUCGGUGGUGGUUGGUGGAUAAUUAUUCUGUACCUCGUCCAAGUCGGCGCAGUCUUUGCAGUGAGAGGAAGGCCUCACACUGGAGAAGCUGUUGUUGCUGAAUUAUUUUCACCGACUGGAAGAUGUCUCAAACAUUGGGCUGGUCCGCUGUUAUCUUUCACCUGGAAUGUCAUAUUGCCAAUUAUGUUGAUGGUAUUAAGUAUCACUUUGUUUCGGAGUAGCAACUUCCGAGAGCUCUAUUCUUACAGAAGAAAUGGAAAAGAUUACUGGGCGGUAUGGUCUAGGCAACUAGGAGCUGCUAUGCAGUUGAUUCCAAUUUUAAUCAUUCCUGCUGUUGCUAUCAUACAGACUUGUCGGUAUUUGAACAACGGACCACCAGAUAUUUUUGAUACUGAACAAACGGAGACGAAUGAUCAUUGUGAACAUUGUAAUGGCAAUAGAAUCCAAUUGCUCUAUCGUCCAUCUCUGGAGCCAGAAAGUGCUCGAAGAAGACUAACCCAGUUACGUAAUAACACCACAACGAGUAUCCACCAGGACACAACAGGAAUUCUACCAACAACCUCAGACGUCCCCUUUGAAGACCCUCCACCAAAGUACACGCCACCGCCAAGUUACACAACAGCAACGGGAGCGCGAAUAGCGAAAAUGUUGCGUCAAAGUUUCCGUCAAAGCGUCAGAAGAAUAGCAUCAGUCCUAGGAGAAAGCAGCGUUGCACGUACGAGACCAGCUUUGCAGCCUCCACCACCCGACUACGCGACCGUCUUAGUAGAAAUGAAUCACACGAUCGUGUCGCGAGACAUCCCAGUGAUUCACACGAUAGAAUCGCGCCCGGACGUAGCUGAUGUCAAUCCUAUAAGUCAUCGCCACAGCCACAGCCACAGCGGUCCAAUUAUGGACAUAAGAAUUGGCUCGCAGACUCUGGACCGAGUUUCGCGAAACACUUUCGACAGAUGUCCCGUCGAGAGGACUCAUUCGACGAUAGAUCGGAAUCGCAGACGCCUGCACAAUACUGGAUCCUCCAACCUGACCGCUGCCGACGUCGCUAAUUUAUUGAGGAGCAGCAUCAGAAGAGGGACCAACAAAACUCAUCAGACGCUGCAGAGAAACUCGCUGCUUAAUCAUCAACCAGCUCCGCCGAUCAAUGCUGCGUCCAUUGAAAAUCUCAUGAAAAUUAAUUCAGCAGAUAUUUGA